CCCGCCUAACCUAAACCUGCCUUCGCACUUUGUCCAUUGUUUGAUCCUCUCUUCGAAUAACUAGCUGAGAGCAUUCUUUUGACAGAAAAGCUCUUUACUAUUUUUCCUUGACUUCUAAUUUCCUUACAUCUAAGUAUCGAAUUAGAGCCAACGAAUCUUCCAUACCCCCACACAUCUCUCGUUUCUCUUGUGCUGGUCCGCCACAACAUGCUCUAGUGGCAAGUUCUCAUUAUGAGCAGUGAUUCCGAUUUCUCUUCUUCCUCGAAUCCUAGUCCGAAAGUAUCUUCUUUCCCGAACCGUAAUUCAAAUCUGAAAUCUCAGAAAUCGAGCUUAGCACGCAUAGUCAAAGCCCAAGUCACCCUUUUGGUGUCCAAUCUAAACGCUGACAAUUAUACAAGGAACACAUCAGAAAUCAAAUCGCUUAUCGAAACACACGGUCCCGAGAUCCUAGUCCACUUAUUGCGUUUCCUAUUAAUCGAACACUCAAAGGAUAUCAACCAACAGUCGGAAGAUUUUCCAACCUUUCGCUUGCUGAAAGAAAGUGCUCAUCUCCCAAUUCAAAAGUCGCAACCUCUUGCUUGUUUCUGUGAAGCCUUAAUAUCAGCUUGCAAGAGCGAGUCUCUAGUUUCCUUCGAUCUAGCAAAGUUAUUUGAGCAACUUGAAUUUUCAGCUGCAGAGUCUUUCGCUCUAGCUUGUGCAUUGCAGCCCGAAGUAAAGCAAGAGAUUGCCCAGCAAGCAUCAAAUUUUAUCAGAGAAAACUAUCAACACGCGUCUUGGUCUAUUCUCAAUAACCAGUGCAAAUCGGAAAUCGCUAUUUCUUGGAUUCAACAAUUCAUUAGCAAGCCUGAAAAUACUACAGCUGCUACUUUAGAUUCGAAAGAAAUAGACAAGAUAAAAGAAGUGCUCAAUACCUACCGUCAAUCCGCACCGAGUUUAUCAUCUCAAAAUAUGACACAACCAUCUGAAACCUCGAGCGGAAACUCCAAACUCAGUAGCCUGUUGCUGGAAGCUGGCUAUGAUAGCUGUGCCACUCCUUCUUCAUUAGAGAAUAUAUUUCAGCAAGCUGGAGAAAUCAAUGAAACUGAUGUUGCUCAAGCACUUGGCCUCAUGGCUAGAACUCAUACCAAUCUUAAUGGCGUAGGCGAUGGUUCACCCGGAAACACUUGGCAUGUUCGUAAUUUUGCUGCCGCUAUCAAGAAAAAUUAUCCAUCCAUCAAUUGGAAAUCCGUCAUUCAUAGUCUGGAUUAUGAGCAUUUCCUGUUAUACGAUGCAACAGGACUUGAAAUGUUAGUCCAAGCUUGGAAAGAAGUGACUGGGGGAAAUGAACCCUUUCCGAUUGAGUGUUUCUUUGGUAAAUGGAAGAAUCUCAAGGGCCAGCUUAGCGCUUUGUAUCAAAUUGUGAAUGCUCCACAAGAGCUCUUGAAUAUCAAUGAUUGUGCAACAAAGAAAAUCAUCACUGUGGAUGACGUAGCAAAUGUUAACGCAAAUAUUCGCAACAGUGCAACUCAACUGGCAGCAUCACAAAUCAAUUCAUAUGACUUGAUUGAGAGCGUCAUUGGCUUUGUUGAUACCGAAGUACACGAGGAUGCAAAGGUGUUUUUGGAUAUCCUUAUCAACAGAUCGCCUGAGCUAGUUUUCCUUGGUCUUGUGGAAAUCGAGCCGUUGCGUAACAGUCUCCACGAAGACUUGAUUGCACGUUUCUUGAUUCUAUUCCUAAGCGGACACGCAAAUUCUUUACUUGUUAUGACGAAGCUUUGGCAAAUCGCUCCGGAUCUGCUCAUGACCAGUUUUAUAGAAUUCUAUAACAAGGACGCAACAUCUAUCUCGCGAACUUUAGAUAUAGCUCAAGAAUUGAAGAUUUUACCGCAAGUCUUGAACGCUAAGCCUUUUAGCUUUGCCAUUGACCUAGCUGCACUUGCUUCCAGAAGGGAAUACCUGAAGCUGGAGAAAUGGUUACAAGACAAAAUUGCUGAGCACAAGGACGCUUUCAUUACUGCAUGUCUGGAUUUUUUGACACACAAGAUUGCUUCAGAUGUCUCACGCCGCGAUAAAUCAGUACCUCUGACAGUCCCUUUAUCUAUUGAAUGCAUGGGAACUUUCCUGAAAAUUCUAGGAGACAGCCCGAUGUCGACAGAAAAUUCCGAAAUGUUGAAGGAAGUCCAGAGUAUUUGUCUCCAAGCUUACCCAAAGCUUAUGAACAUUCGCUCCCAGGCUGAACCUGGAUCGACUGGUGGUGAAGUGUCAUUCUCUGCAGACGUGGAAGACGAGGCUAACUUGUAUUAUGAGCGCAUUUAUAGUGGGGAGAUGACCAUCGAUCAGAUGAUAGAACUAUUGAAAAAUUUCAGAAACUCAAGCGAGACAAGAGAGCAAGACAUCUUUGCUUGCAUGAUUCAUAAUCUAUUCGACGAAUUCCAUUUCUUUUCGAAAUAUCCAGACAAAGAAUUGGCUAUCACCAGCGUGCUCUUUGGCUGUCUAAUACAACACCAUCUUGUGUCGUUCGUUCCUUUAGGCAUUGCUCUACGAUAUGUACUGGACGCUCUCCGCAAUCCCCCUGGUUCAAAACUCUUCCGUUUCGGUCUUCAGGCCCUCACACAGUUCCUAUCUCGCCUAUCGGAAUGGCCUCAGUACUGCGCUCAUAUCCUUCAAAUCACGCAAUUACAGCAAACCCACCCAGAAAUAAUCCGAAAAGUGACAGCUGCUCUUCAAGCCAGUAACUCCAAAGCUGCUGAUCCUUCCAUUUCUCAAGAGACCUUAUCCCAUUCACUAUCUGACGUUGUCCAUGAGGAAGAAGGCAAAGGGAAAGACCAAAAACCAGCCUUUUCAGCUUUAAAUGUCCAAACGUUGAUAUCGGCUUCAGAUGAAGGGCAAUACGAGGUGCCAAGUGAGGCCGUACAAGAUAAGGUUUUGUUUAUCAUCAACAACGUUGCAGCGAACAACUUGGAGACAAAGACAGCCGAGCUCAAGGAGGUUUUGGCUGAGCCUGCUUACCGAUGGUUCAGCAACUACUUGGUCGUUAAGAGAGCCAGUAUUGAACCCAACUACCAUCAAUUAUACCUUCAGCUGCUCGAAAGCAUCAACAGUAAAGCUUUGUUUAAUCAUGUGCUGAAGGAGACGUACACCAACAUCAAAAUCCUUCUUAAUUCGGAGAAAACGGUUCAGUCAUCUUCGGAAAGAACACUGUUGAAGAACCUUGGCUCUUGGGUAGGUGCAAUGACAUUAGCACGCAACCAUCCUGUUAAGCACAAGCACAUAGCGUUCAAGCAAUUGCUCUUGGAGGGAUAUGAUACCAAUCGCCUUAUCGUCGUGAUACCAUUUGUUUGCAAAGUCCUUGAACAAGGUAGCAAAAAUUCGGUUUUCAAGCCGCCAAACCCUUGGGUGAUGGGUAUCCUCAAGUUACUGGUAGAACUAUACCAAUUCGCUGAUCUUAAAUUGAAUCUCAAAUUCGAGAUUGAAGUGCUGUGCAAGAGUCUAAACAUAGACGUCAGUGAUGUUUCUGCCACUUCCUUAUUGAAGAACCGACCAAAGGGCUUCGGAAACAACCUCAUGAUUGGUGACGGUGCUGUUGUCGGUGCACAAGACAGCUUUGACGCACUCGGACGUGGAUCAGCUGCAGGUGGCCUUAACCAAGGCAUUAACGCUGAUUCCGGAUUGAACGGGAACCCUGAUGAUCUUUCCAUUGUCCUUCCUAACCUUGCACCAUAUCUUACAUUCAACCCUCAAGUUAUACUUUACACUACUCAACCAGCCUCUAAGCGUUGGGUGCUACAAGCUGUUACUGCUGCAGUUCGAGAGAUCAUUGGACCUGUUGUCGACAGAUCCGUUCAAAUUGCACUUAUUUCUACAAGAGAGUUGAUCACCAAAGAUUUUGCUAUGGAGGCAGAUGAAAACAAAAUGCGAAAGGCAGCUCAUCUAAUGGUUCAAAAUCUUGCAAGCAAUCUUGCCAUGGUCACUUGCAAAGAGCCACUGCGUAUCAGCAUGACUGCAAGUCUUCGAAACAUCUUUGUUGCAAAUGGAUUUACAGAUGCUAUCUCCGAACAGGCCAUCUUAUUGACUGUUGCUGAUAAUUUGGAUCUUGUGUGUACAGUGAUUGAGAAGGCUGCUAUGGAAAAGGCAGUCUCUGAAAUCGACGAAGCACUCCUGGCUGCCUAUGCUACUCGUGUCAAGCAUAGAGAGCAACGCAUUAACCAGCCAUAUUUCGAUGUUAAUGUUUUGUCAGUGUCUCAGUACCCUCUGACACUACCAGAACCGCUCCGCUUGAAACCCAAUGGCUUACAGCAACCACAGAUGCGUGUUUAUGAAGACUUUGGUCAUAUCAACAGAGCCAUCAACAACCAAAUUGCUUCAGCUGAAUCUGAUAGACAGGUCCGCAACAUGCGUCCCGAGGCUAACCCUGGCUAUGGAUAUGGACACAAUGUCACGGGUACUACUACUACACAAGGAUCUGGAUUUGAUACUGCUCAAGUCAGUGCUCAUCAAAUAUUGGAAAAAUUCGCACAAUAUGUCACGGAACUUGAUAAGCAAACAGGGCAAACCAAUGUCGCCAACUUCAAUGCUUUGCCACCCAACCACGAUAUUCGCUUGUUGGUCCGCCAAAUACCCGUUUUGGCUAUGUCUAGCUUUGAUAAAGUGGAAGCUGCCCUCACCUUCGCUCAAAAGGUUGUUCAACUCCUUUACAAGUGUGACACUAGUCUUGCUCGAGAUACAUAUGUUGUACUCUUGGAACGCCUUUGCGAAACUUCAAUGAGUGUGGCAAAAGAGGUCACGUCUUGGCUAACACAUGCUGACGACGAACGCAAGUACAAUGUCCCUGUUACUACUGCUUUAAUCAAGGCUGGAUUGAUUAUUUUGCCCGAACAAGAUUUGGAGCUCGCAAAGUUGAUAGAUAGCGGUAGGCCUACAGUGAUUGAUUUCACGGCACGAUUGAUUCGCGCGUGUGCCUUCGACGAACCUCCAUGUGCAACAAGACAGGAUUUCACUGCAUCAUUGGAAGCUCUCGGCAGAUUGAUCCAACGUGGUAAAGUUCCCGAUAGUGUGAUUCUACUUCAAGAUGAAAUUCGUCGUCGAUCUCAAGGCCAAGCUCCCAAAGAAGCUGAAGACGAGGAGGCUGGUGGAUUGCGCGAACAGUUACAGUUCUUAUUUGCAGAAUGGGUCCGCCUUUUCCAACACCCGUCCUCCAAUGACAAGGCCUUUGUUGCGUUUGUCACACAGCUAUCUCAGCGGGGUGUGUUCAAUGUCGAUGAUAUCUCAUCCAUGUUCUUCCGCACCUGUAUCGAAACAUGCAUUGAUCAUGCCAUCCAGUACAAGACCCUUACAGAACAAUCUACGCCUGCAGCAGCGUACCAACCGAUUGAUGCUUUUGCAAAGCUUGUGGUUCUUGUAUUGAAGAUGCAAGUUGAAAAUGGCAAGCCUGACAGCGGAAAUACUGCUAUCAGCCAAUUUACUAGAGUGCUGUCCAUCACCGUCCUUGUAUUGGCUCAGCACCAUGAACACCGUAGACAGCAAUUCAACCAGCGACCCUUCCUGAGACUCUUUUCCAGUCUGCUUAGUGAGCUUAGUUCCAACGAACAGGCGCUACAAGCCAUUUACUUCCAACUCUUGGAAUCACUCGGAAACACAUUCCUUGCUCUACAACCAUUCUAUUUCCCAGGAUUUACUUUUGCAUGGCUUCAACUUAUCUCUCAUCGACAAUUUAUGCCAAAGCUUUUCUUGAUUGAAAACCAAAAAGGAUGGCCAAUCUUCCAGCGCCUGUUGAUCAGCCUCUUCAAAUUUUUGGUGCCAUUCUUGCGUAAUGUGGAACUGCAGGACACAACACGUUUGCUUUAUCGUGGCACAUUACGAGUACUCUUGGUGUUACUGCACGACUUCCCAGAGUUUUUGUGUGAAUAUCAUUUCAGCUUUUGCGAUGUCAUACCCACUUCAUGCAUACAAUUGCGAAACUUGAUCCUCAGCGCCUUCCCCAGAAACAUGCGACUUCCUGAUCCCUUCACCCCCAACUUGAAGGUUGAUCUAUUACCAGAAAUUAACCAACAACCUAAAGUUCUCUCGGAUUAUACCUCAACCUUGAUCGCUAAUAAUCUCAAGCAAGAUAUCGAUGCAUAUCUACAAGAUAAUGAGCCCAAAAACUUCUUGGCUGAUCUGCCCAGAAAACUUACAACGGAUACUAAUGAUUCUGAUGAAGAGCAAGGCACUAAAUAUGAUAUUUCUGUCAUUAAUUCGCUAGUUUUCUAUGUCGGAGUACGUGCCAUAGAACUUGGCCUUCCCAUGAAUCAAGGUGCCCCAAUUAAGAUAUUCCAACAUUUGCUCGCCGAACUCGAUUCUGAAGGACGUUAUUUGUUCUUAAGCGCAAUUGCAAAUCAAUUGAGGUUCCCGAAUAGCCAUACUCAUUACUUUAGCUGUAUCCUACUGUACCUCUUUUCUGACGGCAAUCAGGAAAUCAUCAAAGAACAAGUGACUAGGGUACUUCUUGAACGCUUGAUAGUUAACAGACCGCAUCCGUGGGGAUUGCUUAUCACAUUUAUUGAACUGAUCAAGAAUCCGCGAUACAACUUCUGGAACCACUCGUUCACUAGAUGUGCAGCAGACAUUGAGCGACUCUUUGAAAGUGUAUCAAGGUCAAUUAAUCAUAUUUAGAAAUAUUGAUAUUGAAAUGGCAACGAAGCAUAACAUGCUUGUUGUGCGACUGUAUUAUAGUAGGCCACCUUUUUUUCCUUCUUCCAUAUUUCUUUCCCUACUUCCUUCGCUUUGAUUGUAAAAACGAAAUAUGUGACGCAUCGAUUUUUUUUUUAUAUUUCUUUCUUCUUCUAUUCUGUGUUGUUCUUUAUUCAUUUUUUUCUUCAAAACAUCCUUUUAUUUCGGUUAUUUGCGUUGGCCUUUGCUAUUCAAAACGGCUCCAACUGUCUUCUGAUUGUAUACAUUUGCACAUUAUAAAAAGGAUGGAGAUUUGUUGAUAUUCCCG